AUGAAGCUCAUCCUAUUCUGCGCCCUGUUCGCCCUGGCGGCCGCCCAGCCGGCUAAGAACGAUCUCUGGAAAGGCAGCAGCAUGGACCAGAUGGUCGACCAGACCAAGAUCGAGUGCGCGCAGAAGAACGACGAGGUCUCCUGCAUGAAGUUCAAGGUCCUGAAUCUACUCGAUCAGAUCUUCCGCAAAGACAGCUUCAAGGUUUCCGAGACGGUGGAAGUGACUCGUAACGCGUACCCCGUCGAGGAGGUGUCAGCUCGUGGAGAGGCCUCUUUCUUGGACACCGUGCAGAGCUACCUGUCCUCUCACGACGUGACCUUCAAGCUGCCGAUGGACUCCUCCGUCAAGGUCAGCGCCAGGAACAUCGACGACGAUCAUCUCAGCUUCGACGUCAAGUUCGGCCAAGGUCGCGCCGUCGAAGAGGCCCGUAAAUCCAAGCUGAAGAAGGUCGUCAUUCCUAUUCUGGUGUUCGUCCUCCUGAAGGCGAUGACUCUCAUUCCCCUGGCGAUCGGUGUCCUCGGUCUGAAGGCCUGGAACGCGCUUCAGCUCUCUUUCUUCAGUUUCAUCGUCUCUGUAGGGAUGGCGAUUUUCCAGCUGUGCAAGAAAAUCGCCGCUGACGGACACGGGGCACCACUCGCCGCCCACGGACCCUGGGAGUACCAGGCCCAGUACAGAUCCUUCGAGGAGGACCAACCGUCGUCCCAGUACGCGCAGGAUCUCGCGUAUGCCGGACACGCGCAGUCGUGA